UGAAAACAUUAGUAACAUAACCUAUUCCAUUCUGUUUUUAUCUUUAUAUCCAGCUGUUGGCAGAUUAGUUAUGUUUUUGUUAAGCGGUAUUGAAAAUAAGUAUGCCACUUAAUUUUUUUCGUAUAUUUUGUUCGAUAUCGGUGGCUUUUAUUCUACUGCAGCGAUCUGAAGGUUCGGCUUUGAGUAUAUUCGAACAGAAAAAAUAUAAGAAACUUACAGAUGGACAAGGUUUAUAUUCUUCUAAGGAUGAUGUGGAGAUAUUGGGUGUUGAUAACUUCAAACAUGAAAUAUAUGGAAAUGAAAGAGCCUUUUUGGUUGAGUUUUAUAAUAGCUGGUGUGGGUUCUGUCGGAGGUUUGCCCCAUCCUGGAAAGCCCUAGCAACUGAUGUGAAAGAAUGGAAAGGUCUCGUUGGAAUUGGUGCUGUAGAUUGUUCCGAUGACGUUAACAAUCCACUGUGUAGAGAUUUUGAGAUAAUGUCUUAUCCAACAAUAAAAUAUUUUCAUGAGAAUUAUCAAGAGGGUCCAAAAAAUUUAGGGAAGGUGAUUCAGGCAGGAUCAGAUAUGAAUGAACAUAGACAAAAACUUAUAGAAAUCAUUCAGAGAGAACAAUAUGAAGGUAGAGGCAAAAUGUUUCCAAGUUUAUUUCCAUAUAAUAAUCCCAAUGUAAAUCUAUUGUUUGAUGAUGCUCCAAAAAAUGCAAAGUACGCCUUUUUGAUCUUCCAAAAUCCGUCAAGUUUUUUAGCUCAAGAAAUUGCUCUAGAUUUUAAUAAAAUCAAGGAUGUGGUUGUUAGAUAUACAUUCAACAACAAUUCAGAAUUGAUGAAUGCUCUGCAAGUAAGCACUAUUCCUGCUUUGGUUUCUAUAGGUCGAGAUAGUUCAGUACAAACUUUAACUUCUUCCGAAUCUAGAGAAGCAUACAGUACUGCAAUUCGUCAGUUUUUAAAAUCAAAACAUAUUAUUGUCCCAGGUAAAGUUCAUGAACAAGCACCUGUUGAAAAAUGGGUGGAUUCCAAAGUACCUGAUAUGAAAGAAUUCAUGCAAGAAAGAGAACGAGAAGCACUAAAAGAAAAAGUUAAAAAAAUGGGUGAUGUGAUUUUCCAAAUGGAUUUGGAAACUGUCCUUCGUUAUUCCCUCAAACACGAAGUUGGGAAUUCCAAAGAGAUUACCGGGGAGAAAUUGAAGGCCCUUUCUGAUUAUAUGAAUAUUCUUGAAAGACACUUUCCCUUUGGCAAGUAUGGACAGCUGUUUUUGAAAGAAAUUAAAAAUCAUAUAUCUCAAAAGACCUUCAUUCAUGGAAGUGAAAUCAGAAAAAUGGUAGAAGAUGCUGAAAGAGAAGAACGCCAAGUGUUUUCAACGCCUCAAAAAUGGUUAGCUUGUAAAGGCAGCAAAACUACCUACAGAGGCUAUCCUUGUGGUUUGUGGAAAAUGUUUCAUUAUCUUACCGUUAACGCUGCAGACUACAGUGGCAUAAAAGAUGACAACCCGAAAAUUGUGCUGGAGGCAAUGCACGGAUACAUAAAACAUUUCUUUGGAUGUGCAGAGUGUAGUAAGCAUUUCCAACAAAUGGCCGACAGGAGAAAAAUUUUUGAAGUCUCUUCAUGGGAUGAUUCCAUACUUUGGCUAUGGAGUGCUCACAAUGAAGUUAACAAGCGUUUAUCUGGUGAUGAAACGGAGGAUCCUGAUUACCCGAAGUACCAGUUCCCUUCAGACAAAAGGUGCCCCAGAUGUCAUAAUAAAGAUCAUUCCUGGAAUAUUCCUGAAGUAUUACUCUAUCUGAAACAUAUGUAUAGUAGUAUCAAUGUUAGGUAUAUUGGUUCUGAUACAAGAAUUCUGCAUCUUGGUUUGAAUGGAGAAUCUUCUUAUAACUCCUCUGAAUCAAGUUUAUUCAAAACUAUCGAUGUUGGUUUGUGUUUUAUUCUUUAUGUGGCUUCAUUUCUGCUUCUGGUAAUAUUGAUCCGAAUGUUUUUGAAGAGGGGCUAUAAAAAAAAGAUAUACUCACAUGAUUUACUAGGAAAGGUUUGAAAAUAAAAUAUGUAACUGUUUACAGAGAGAAACAUCACAUUUCAUGAAACUGUAGCAUACAAUUGAUCUCAGAAAUUCUUGCAUUUAAUUUCACUGCUGUUCAGAUAACCCACAAGAAUAUUAUGUGUCCAUUCAUAAAAAGCCCUUGAACUUUGUGUUAACAUUUCUUAUUUAUGUGCUCUAUCUUACACAAACACUGCUUGCAUAUGAGAAAACUGCAUCACUCUACAUGAUACCCAUUUAUUUCCAUCAGGAUAAAAUUCUAAAGCAUCUAAAAGUCUAAAUUUAUGUAUACCAGUUUCAAUAAUUCAUUCAGUAACUGUUUUUGAAUACGUGUUAGGCAAGUAUACCUUUAUAUUUUCCGAAAUCUGAUAUGCUUUACAUGUUGUUUGAUAUGAGUUUUAAUAACUUGUCACAGUGCUCACAGCUCAAUUAACAAAUAUAUGUUGGUGUGAACAAUCACUGUUUGUAACUACUUUCAUUUUCACUGUUACAAAAAUUUGAUCAAAUAAAUAAAUAAAUAUUAUUAAUUUGCAUGGAACAACAAUUAACUUUGACUUCAUGUAUAUUUGAAAAGUCGAGAAUUUAUAAAGAUACUCUCUAAAUAUAUGUAUCCUGAAUAGUUUAUCGAAUUUGCUUGACCAAUUUNACUUU